AUGUCAGAAAUCCAGACAAAUGUCCAACAUCGCAGCCCUUUUGCAGAUCCAAACCCAUUCGAUGACCCUCAACCAGAACCUAGACCAUCCCCAUCCCCGCCAACCUCCGAAUCAUACCUCUCUCGGACCCCGACUUUGAGGCAGGGCAAACACAAGUUUGUAAGCUACAGACUGAAAGGGGACUAUCCUAAGCCAUGGAUGGACCAUCCAAGGCUGAAGAGAACUAUGCUGAAUAACUACAUUGUUACUUUCUUCAUGGUUCUUGGUGUUCUCUUGAGUGCUCUCAUCUGUUUUAUGUCUGCCCGGACAGUAGACAGACGGCCUUACUGUCUUGUUUUGCAGGAUGACUUUAAGUCUCUUGAUCCGAAUAUUUGGAAUCACGAGGUGCAGAUCGACGGAUUUGGUACAGGUUCCUUUGACUGGACCACGACGGACCCGAAAAAUUCUUACGUAGAUAAAGAUGGACUUCACAUAGUUCCGACAUUGACGAACGAAACUACUGACAUAAGCAAUGACCAGCUUUACAACGGAUAUACACUCAAUCUCACCACUGCCGGUGGAGAUAGUUCCUGUACUAGCAAAGUGGUAGAUUCCUGUUCUAUCAAGUCCAACUCGACACUGGGAAACAUGAUACCCCCAGUCCGGUCCGCAAGACUCACAACGCAGGGCAAAAAGACUAUCAAGUUCGGCCGAGUAGAGGUGACCGCGAAGUUGCCUGCCGGAGAUUGGCUCUGGCCAGCGAUAUGGAUGAUGCCAGAAGACUCAACGUAUGGAAUUUGGCCCGCGAGCGGCGAAAUUGAUAUUAUGGAAGCACGAGGCAACAACUAUAGUUAUCCUGGGGGCAGAGACGUGUUCACAAGUACAUUGCAUUGGGGUCCUUCUCCAGACACCGAUGCAUUCUGGAGAACAACAGCUGGGAAAGCGCUCCGCAGGAAAGAUUAUUCAGAAACCUUCCAUACCUAUGGCCUUGAAUGGACAGAGAAAUAUCUAUUCUUCUAUAUCGACAGCCGCCUUAACGAAGUUCUAUUUAUCUCUUUUCAGACCAAGCAAAAUUUCUGGCAGCGCGGCGAAUUUGAUACGAUGGCGGAUAAUCCCGAAUUCCUUCCAAACCCCUGGUCUCAAACCGACUCAAAAGCAGCGCCGUUCGAUCAGGAAUUUUUCCUCAUCCUCAACGUGGCUGUGGGGGCUAGAAAUGGCUGGUUUCCAGAUGCCAAGGAUGGAAAACCUUGGAUAGAUGCGGGCACAAAUGCACAAUGGGACUUCUAUAGCGAUGCUGCGGCUUGGUUACCAACGUGGGGCAAAGGGGACUCGAGGGGAAUGACUGUGAAGAGUGUAAAGAUGUGGCAGGAAGGCGCAUGCAAGUGA